CUCGUCUUGGACUUGUCUUCACACUCCACUCUCCGCCGCCACCGCACUACCGCGCCUCUCGCCACUUCACUCGCCGCUGGUCCUGCCGCGCGGAAGGACGCUCCGUCGCGUCGUCGCGUUGCACUGUCCGUCCGCGAGACGAGCUUCGCGUCGGCACCCCCGCGGACAGCACGUGUGUGUGUGUGUAUGUGUGUGUGCACGCAGUGACGCGACCAACAGCCUUGAAGCGCUGUGCAACAGUGUGUGUGCCCGUUUUGGAUAACACCGCCGAAGCCGAAUCACCUGCUGCAGUAUGAGAUAAUCUGCCCCGGCUUUCAACGCUCAUGCUGGCAAAGAUGUCGCUGUGUUCGGCCGAGGAGGACGGCGGCUCCCUGGACGUGGAGGACCACGACGACCUGCACUCGCCGACGGACGUGAGCGAGGACUCGGUGGAGGUGCGCGUCAAGCCGAUCGUGAUCCCCGCCGCGAAGGCGUCCGCCAAGGCGGCCCUGGCCGCGGCCAAGCGCAAGCAGCCGGCGCAGGACGGCCGCGGCGCCGAGAAGGGCUUUUCUGGCGCCCCCAGCGGGCCGAGCGGGGCCGGCCAGCACAGCCAGCACAGCCAGCAGCGGAACUACAAGAACAUGACGCGCGAGAGGCGCAUCGAGGCGAACGCCCGCGAGCGCACCCGGGUGCACACCAUCAGCGCGGCCUUCGACACGCUGCGCCGCUCCGUGCCCGCCUACUCGCACAGCCAGAAGCUGUCCAAGCUGUCCGUGCUGCGCAUCGCCUGCUCCUACAUCCUCACCCUGUCCAGGGUGGCCGGCAUGGACUACUCGGAGGACCAGAGCAGCCCUGCGGUCGAGGAGUGCGUAGACCAGGUGACCAGGACCAUCCAGACUGAAGGCAAACUGCGGAGGAAGCGCGACGAGUAGGUCUUGCGUCUUGCGGGCCAGCCCUGCGUCCAGGACCGUCACUAGUGCGCACCCAAGUUUGCCGCCAACUAUUUGUUAAGACUGCUAGCGUAGUCGCACUCUGAUAGUGGGGCGCGGUUGUCUGGUUCUCACCGCUGCUCUUGCAGAGGGAACUUGAAGUCUCUCCGACACCUCACGUGAGUGUCAAAUAGAGAGUACUACAACUUGUUUCCAACUACAGCUUGAAGCAUUUUUAUAGUAUUUAUAUGCUGAGAACAAUAUUUAUUGCUCAUAGUAGUUUCCACCAGAAUGCUCAAAUGUUUCACUAGGGGAAGCAAAUUUAGUGUUUACACCAUUAGAAUAAUAAUGGUACAAAAAACUUCUUGCAAACAAAGUACUGUACCAGAAAUGCCUGACGCGGUCCUUUCAGAUACGGUGUGGACAAGUUUUUCAAAACAUUGAAAUCAAAAUUAUGUUAGUUUAUUUUACCUCAUAAUUACUCAUUAGUAUAUGAAUUCUAGGUCAAAAUGAAAUGCUCAUGACAGCAAUUAGUGCAGCUCAUUCUCCAUUGUGACUAGAAUACAGCUUUUUUAAGCAGACUGACUGGAGUCUUAAUUACAACAUUGUGAUUUGUUCUUGUUUCUCAAUGCUAAUUCGUGUAGGUUUAGCAGCCAUUGCAUGCAUGACAUUUAGGUGUUAAAAUGUAUUGUUUAAAACAAUAAUUUUACCUAGUAGGAGCAUUACAUUUGUGUCUAGAUUCUGAUAUCUCUCUCUUUAUCUCGUUUUGUUUCAAGGAGGAGGAGGAGUUGAGGGAAUGGGAAUUAUUAUUAUUUGGAUUGAACCAUAAAUAUUAAAAUUUUGUCUUGUAUUGGAACAAACCAAAAAUAUUAUUGGUUGCAUAAGAAUGUAUCUUGUUUUCAAAUUGAAAAAUCAGUGUCCCUAAGCUCUCUUUGCCAAGUACUGAGGAAGGUACAGUGCCUAUGUCUAUCAUGGUUCAAUGGCUAUAUUUGUCUCAUUGUUUGUGUGGUGACGCAUUCUGGAUAACAAAUUUUAACCACAUUUGCCUACCGUUAGACAAUUAUAGUGGAGGAGCCACUGAGGAUGUGGGGACUAGUAUGAUGAGACCCUCCUAUACUAGGUAAUACGUUUGUUUCUCUUUGUUGUAUGCUGUGAUUAGAUUGUAAUCCUGAUGUACAAAAUAAAAAAUAAUGGAAGCCUUGCUAAAUUGUUAAAGCAUGGAUUUCGCACAUUGUUUCAAAAGUUAAAUGUUGUUGUAUAAUGUGAGACAUUCACGCUUCCUUUAGAACCUGGCUAUGACAUGUUGUGAUAUUUAUUCCAAAUAUAUGAGUUUA